AUGGAUCCACCCAUGCAGAGACCAAGACAGAUUGGAGCAGGAGAUGCUCCAAACACCCACACACAAAGGACAGGAAUAGUUCCACCUGCAAUAGCAAACAAUAACUUUGAGAUCAAAAGUGGACUCAUCACAAUGAUUCAGUCAAACAAGCUCUGUGGCCUAACCAAGAUUAAUGGAGUCAGUGAAGACAGCUUCAAACUCAGACUUUUCCCAUUCUCACUUGGAGACAAAGCUCAUCUGUGGGAGAAGACUUUACCAAUAGGAGCCAUCACCACAUGGGAUGGAUGCAAGAAAGCCUUCUUAGCUAAGUUCGUCUCCAAUGCAAGGACAGCAAGGUUGAAGAAUGAGAUAUCUGGUUUUGCUCAGAAGAACAAUGAAACCUUCUGUGAAGCUUGGGAAAGGUUCAAGGGUUAUCAAACUCAGUGUCCACACCAUGGGUUCAGCAAUGAGUCCCUGCUUAGCACAUUAUACAGAGGAGUUCUACCAAAGAUCAGAAUGUUGCUGGACACUGCAUCUAAUGGUAAUUUUCUCAACAAACAUGUUGAUGAAGGAUGGGAACUAGUAGAGAAUUUGGCCCAGUCAGAUGGAAACUAUAAUGAAGAUUAUGAUAGAACUGUAAAAUUUGUGGAUUCAGCCCCAUAUGAGAAAUACAAGAAAGAUCUGAAGAUUAUGAAUGAUAAGCUGGACAAGAUUCUGCUCAGUCAACAGAAAAACAUUCAUUUUCUUGCUGAGGAAGAAACAACAGUUCAAGAUGGGGAGAAUGAUGUAGCUGAGCUAUGUUACAUCCAGAACCAAGGAGGAUUCAAGCCCUCUAACCAAUUCAAGAACAACAAUCUGUCUUACAUGAGUCAAAAUGUGGCCAAUCCACAAGACCAGGUCUAUCCACCACAACAAGCACAACAGCAACACAAUUAUGUGCCUAAACAACAGAACCAAGGUUACCAGGGUCAAGUGUGUCCCCCACCAGGGUUUCAGACUACCCAAGCCCAGGAACCUGACUUAAGGACAUUGAUGCAGCAGCUGUUGCUUAACCAAGCCACUGGUCAGAUGGAAACCUCCAAGAAGUUUGCUGAAAUCAACCAGAGAAAAGAUUCUACUUAUAAUGACCUGAACAUCAAGUUUGAAAGCCUUAAUUCCAAGGUUAAGUUCUUGGAGAGCACUAUGGCUUCUACUUCAGCUCCAAAACCUAAUCAACUGCCUGGAAAGGAUAUUGUCACUGAGGACAGUGAGGUUAAAGAUGGGGAGGGUAUUCAACAAGUUUCAACUCAGAAUGGAGCAGGAUAUCAGGAAGAGAAGAAACUCGACAGUACACUCGACUCAGUACACGAUCGAGUGACUGAUCGAGUACACUCCACCGAGUCUGUUACACCUGCCAAGUACAUUCCCCCAACUUAUAAACCACCUCUGCCAUUCCCAGGACGUUUCAAGGCACAAAAGCUGAAGGAACUCAUGGAGAUAAUUGAAAAAGAGAAGGUGUUGGCCUUGAAAGAAGAAGUUAUCAUUGCAUACCAAGAAGAAGAGAGAGGUCCUGCUUUGGAACAAUAUGCUCCAUAUCCUCUUUACCAUAAUAUGUUACUAGAGAUCUCCAAGAAGAGGGCUCAGAAUCAAGACAAGAAGGACCUUGAGGAGACUAAAGGAAUAGUCAUCCCAGCCAAACUUGAAGAUCGAGGUCCGUUCAAUUUGCCUUGCUCCCUUAGCUACCUACACUUCAACAAGUGCAUGUGUGAUCUAGAAGCAUCUAUUAGUGUAACGCCCUAUUAUGUAGCACAAAAGCUUGGUCACACUGAAUUCAAGCCUAGUAACCUCCACAUAAGUAUGGCUGAUGGAUCAGACAGGGAAGUGGUUGGAAAAUUGGAAAGCUUACCAGUCAAGAUAGGCAAGGCCAGAAUCCCUAUUGAUUUUGUGGUUAUAGAGAUGGAUAAGGAGUGA